AGCAGUGCCAACCAUGAACUCCCUACUCACAAUUCCUGUCGAGCUCGCGCACCACGCCCUAACAUUCUGCCCAGCAUGGGACAUCGUCUCCUUCGCCCUCACCAGCCGCCUCGCGCACGCCAUCGCGCUCGAGUCGACGAAUCAGUCCUUCUGGCGCGACGUCUUCCUCACCUCUCAUUUCGAUGAUCCCCGCGACGCUUGGCGGCUCCCCGAAGGCACGCACUCUACGCUAGAUGGCUACGACUGGCUUGGCGAGCUUCGCGCGCGCCUCUCGGCCGAGCUGCUGGCUGCCCGGCCGGACCGGCUUGACGACCCCGCUGCGUACGAGGGGAUGCUGGCCGCGCUCGUCCGCGCCGCCAGAGAAAUACCUCCUCUGCGCGAGGGUCAGCCAGAUUUACGCAACGUUGAAUGGCUCGAACAUCUGCUGAAAUAUCCCGGGCUACUCAAUGACGAUGUCUCACGACUGUCCAUCGAGGGGCAACGCCUACAUGGGCUCCUGCAUGUUUUUACUGGACAUAUAUUCGACGAGAGUACGCCCGAGAACUCCUUGCGCUACCGCAGAAAUGCUAGUAGGGCGUAUACAUAUGAUAUGCGCAAGUACUCUCGCGCAAACACAUGGUCGCCCCUCCUGCUGACCGGGGAGGUUGACUGGCUUCACCUCGACCACCUGGCCAACGUGAUAAUUGGGAACAUACGCGACGUGCCAUUUCUCGUAGACGACCAGAAACCUCCGUUUGGACUUGAGCACACGCGAGCUUAUUCUGCUCCGGGGCAAUAUCCCGCUAGGGAUUGGGCAGGAGUAGAGGGCACAUGGAGGCGCUAUGUGUGCUUUAUGGACUACAGAGACCUGGCAGUAUUCAACAUGCAGGCCCCCCUGCACGCCGAAGGCGCCCGCGACCUCUCCUUCUUCGACAGACCCGCCUUUCGCGAGGCCGUCCGCCUGCUCUCCGUCGAUCUCCAAGUCGUCGACCGCGCGGCAAUCGAAGCACCGCUGCCUGAAUUUAUCGGCGUGUACGACGACCCGCCAGCAGACUUCCCCUACCAGCCAAUAUACUUCAACGGCGUCUCCGAGACCGCCGACGGCGGACACCUGCACCUCGAGGGCUGCGUGAUGAUGGGCAUCGACGGGACAGUGCGGUGGUAUUUUGUGAUGAGACGUUCCAGCAGGUGUCCUCGAUAGGUGGGGAGCUUCAGUGGAGUUCGCGUGGUGUGCAGGUGGGCGGCGUGGGAAGCGCGACGGGUGUGGUGGGCA